UAUCGUUAACUGACGUCAGCUGAUUACAUUGACGAAAAAUAUCAAAAUCAUGCAUAUAAAUGCGAAUAUUUCUGUUAUUGAUCAGUAUAACAACACAUCAGUAGGCACCAAUAGGCACUUUCAAAAUAGAGAAAAUGAACUUAUCUCCUCUUUCAACGUGUAUAUCAUUUUUGCUGUUUAUCCAGUUAAUCAAUGGUAUGCAACACAAUGGCGAAGAAGACAUUACAUUCUCCAACUUGCUGGACCAAUUUAAUAAAAAAGCGGCAGAAAAAGGAUUCGACAUGGGAUCAAAGCUGCAUUUCAUAAUCAAGAUUUCGAACACAGUUGGCAAGUUGAAAAAGAAACUAGAGACGCCACCAAAAGAAUUCAUGGAUAGCAAAAAAUUGAAAAGAGUAUUGGCAAGUGUGCCGAAAACCAUGACAAUUACAGGACCCGAUUAUGUUGAAGUAAAUGGUCGUGAAUUUCUGCGUCUGAUGAUUGGUAUUAUAAACGAUGCAGCAACGGAGAACAUUCCAAAUAUUAGUGCCGAAAUUUGCACAGAAAUUACAUUCAUACCACCCCAUGAUCAACUAUUCGAUGACUGGUAUAAAGCAUGGGAUAUGGAUCCUAUUAGCGAGCAACAUAUGAUUCAAGUCUAUAAAGAGCUACCGGCUAUGACCACGAAGUAUGUGCAAUUGUACGAUUUAUACCACAAACGGUUGGGAGAAGUUGAAGCAGCAGUGAAGGGGGUUAAAUUUCUCACAAAAUUGAUAAACACCGAUUUUGAUAGGCUUUUGAUACUUAAUCCGGAAGAAGAAAGCGAUGCUGUACAGGCCAGAGAAACUGUUCUAAGAUUACAGCCGCUUUUGGAAAGAUUGGGGCAACAUCAAGAACACGUGAUUCGUCAACUUACACAGGUCAGGGAUGUUCUGAUAGAAUACAACAAAGAUCGAAUUAAAUGGAUCGAAUUUUUGGUGGAAAUAAGGGAGUCUUUGACGUCAGAUCGAAGAACGACGUUGAGUAAAAAUAAUAACAGGGAAGUAAAUCCUGUGGUGAAUAAAAAGCGCAAGGCUGCUAUGUCACGAGUGGUAAACUGUUUUACUAAAAUCCUUUGCUUCCGAAAAGAUCUUUAAUAUUUUGUUGAAUUUUUCUUACUUCUGAAUUAUUUUUCGUAUAAAAACUACUUGGGAAAAAUGCAAUAAAUAUCUUUAUAAAUUGGAAUAAAAUCAAAUCAACGUACGUUAAAAA